GAGACCACAGCCUGUCCUCUGUUUUCUGUCCGAGAAGAAAAACUGUCCCGGAGCUUCCAGACUGGGAUUAUCCGAGUGAGAAGAUGCGGGCAGCGGGGCACCGGCUGGCCGCAGUGCUGGCUCUGUUUGCCGCAGUGUGCGGCUCGCGGGCGGAGGUGAUCGAUGACAUCCUGAGCAGCCUCUCCAGAGGAGCAUCCUUCCUGGAGCGGCAACAUGAGCACAUCAACCUGGACGGAGUGGUGGGCUUCGUUAUGCUGCAGGCUGAGCUGAAGGAGGCAGUACGGACGUGGCCUCACAGCGACCCGGUCAGCUGGGCUCAGAGAACCACCGCAGUCGCUCUGCUCAAACGUCUCGACCAAAGCUUAAGCAAGGCCGUCACUGCCCUGCAGCAGAACGACCCCAAAUACUACAGAGAGUUUGAGCCCCUGAUGUCGUGGAGAUUCUGGUUGAUUCCUCAGGAGUGGAGCUCCACAGACCCCAGCCUGGUGUAUCCCUCCACCAUGACCACCGAGUGUUACGACGAGCAGCUCAGCGACAAAUGUCUGACCCUGCUGCUGGGAACCUGGAAAAUGAACGGGACGCCCUGCAUCGUCACCAAACCCUGCAGGGACACCAUGACUCGCUUCGGCUGUCCACACUACUCUCUGUCCCACCAGCUGCUCUACUUCAUGAUCGGAAAAAUGAGAGGCUGCACCAAUCUGCUGAAAGGCGACACUCGAGCGUCCCGAGCCAACAUGACUGAAAGCAGCUACCAGAAGAUCUUCUGCUCCAACAUGAUGAAGACCAACCAGGACAUCAUCAGAGACGGUCUGACCGAACAGACGGUCGACAUCUUCAUCGAAAACAUCCUGAUUUGUGGAUUGACUGGUUUCUCUGACUUCUACAAGGCUGACUGGCUGCAGCACAUCCUCCGGCUGCAGGAUGAGGAAGUAGGCUGCUUUGGAAGAGACAAGAGCAUCAUCUCUCAGAUCAUCGGAGACGAGCUGCUGGAACAGCUGCAGCCUCACAGGAGAGUGAAGAGAAGGGAGAAAAUACUUCCAGAUGGCUGUUCCAGUCACAUUACGGCAGUGGCUGUGGGUGCUCUGGGAGGAUACCUGAACUACUACCUGACAGAGCAGGACAUAACAAAGAGGCCGCUCUCCUGAACACCACCACACCCCCACCUUCCACACGGAUAUUUUAUCUACUAAAUAUAAAGUCACAAAGGAGGGCCAGAAGGCAGCUGUACAGCCAGACCUGACCAAAGAGGAUAAAUGCAUGAACUAUGAAUGUCUGUAGAUGGACUUACAUACAAAAUGUUAUAAUGUAUCAAACAUUCUGCUGUAUUUACACACGUUAUCCUACAGUAUAUAAGUAGUGCAGAUAAUAAAUGUAAAUCAUCUCUGAUUACA